AUGGGUCAACUACCUCUCUCAAGGAUCACGCCGUCGCACCCAUUUACUCACACAGGGGUGAAUUACGCCGGGCCACUUAUCAUUAAAAUCUGGAAAGAGCUCUCAAGAACGGGUCAGCAAGAUGCUCAAGAUAGCACUCGAUGGGAAUUCAACUCACCAACAACCCCCAUAGAGGGAAGGUGGGAAGCUGUGGUAAAAUCAAUUAAAUAUCACUUGCGACGUACCAUCGGCGAGACUCUGCCCACCUUUGAAGAGCUCACCACGUUGCUCACUCAAAUAGAGGCCAUUCUCAACUCACGGUCCCUUGAGCCUUUGAGUGAUGAUUCAGACGACGUCUCAGCUUUCACCCCAGGUCAUUUUCUCAUCGGAGAUCCACUCACAACGACACCAGUAUCACCAGCAGAAUAA